UUUUAGUUUUAAUAUGGUUAUGAACUGAUUUCUGUGAUUAAACGUUUGUAUUUAGGAAUGCUUAUAAAUAGAAUAUUAUUAAAUGCUAAAUUAUAUACGAAUGUGAAAGAAAUUUUGAAAAGGGCAUUUUUGUUGUAAUUCUAGUUUUAAACGUUCUAGAUUUUUCAACUAAAUUGUCUUGUGGUUAUGGAGGACUGACCACCUACCUACUAAAAGUCUUACUGCAAGUUUUUUACACUGACUUCAACACUAGCUCCGACUUACACUAUCAGUGACGGUUUUUUUCAUUCCAGUACAAUGGGGUAUGAUGUUUGUAGAUUUGACGGUGAAGUCGAUGAAGAGCUACUAUGUCCGAUUUGUAGUGGGGUGCUGGAAAACCCUGUCCAGGCCUCACAUUGUGAACAUGCAUUCUGUUUAAGUUGUAUAAAUGGGUGGCUAGCCAGGCAAAAUACAUGCCCUAUUGACAGGGGUGUCUUGAGGAAGAAUAAUUUAAAAUCUGUACCUCGAAUUCUACGGAAUCUUCUUUCCAGAUUAAAAAUAACUUGCAACAAUUCUGAAUUGGGCUGUCCUGAGAUGUUGAAACUCGAUUCACUACCGGCACACUUACUGGAAUGCGAUUUUAAUCCAAAAAAACCUGUGACAUGUGACAAAGGGUGUGGAUUGACAAUGGCAAAAGACGAGCUAGCUGAACACAACUGCAUCAAGGACCUUCGCAAUCUGGUUCAGCAGCAGCAGCAGCAAAUAUCCAUUCUUCAAAAAGAGGCCAAUGAUUUAAGAGAACAUCAGACUGAGUUGAAGAGAGAACUGCAAACAUUAAGGGAGAACUUUAGAAUGCAGCGCCAUCUAACUGGCGGCCAUGAAACACACCCCCAACAAGAAUUGGACGAGAUACGAAGAUGGGUGGAUAGCCUACAGAUGAGCAGGGUGACUCGCUGGGGCGGCAUGAUAUCGACCCCGGAUGCCGUCCUGCAGACCGUCAUCAAACGAGCCCUCAUCGAAUGCGGCUGCCCACCGAGUAUCGUUAACGAUUUAAUCGAGAACUCCCACGAACGAAGAUGGCCGAUUGGCUUGAAGACUUUAGAAGCCAGGCAGCUAAACAGGAGGAUGUACGAAAAUUACGUCUGCAAGCGCAUACCCGGCAAACAGGCUGUCCUGGUUAUGUCCUGUGAGAACGAGCACAUGAACAGUGAUAUGCUGGUUGAACCGGGCCUCGUUAUGAUAUUUGCUCAUGGAGUCGAGUGAACAAAGAUUACACACACACCACACACUCUCUCUCUUUCACACACACACAUAUACACAUAUAUAUAUAUAUUUCAUGGAAAUUGUAUUGUAAAAAAAAAACUGACGUACACAGAGAACGUACAUAUAUACAUGAUUUUUUGUUCACUUCCAUUUUCUUUUUUAAACAAUCAUAGACGUCAUCAUCUUUUAGUUCAACUUCAUUUUAUGUAGUAUAUUAUUUAUAUGCAUAAGCACACAAACACAUACAUACACCUACACACACAUAAUAAUGGUAACAUAAUACAUAAUAUUAACAACACAUAAAUAACAAUAUUAAUGGUGAAAUUAAUCAUGGGGAAUAAUACUCGUUUGUCUUCCUUAUUUUUUUCCAAGAGUUUCGCACAACUUGUACGGAAAUACAAAGCUUAGGUAUACACACGUCAUACGUACAUGCAUACUUCUUUGAAUACAUACAUACAUGCAUACAUAAACACCCUGUGUGCAUAACAGUAUAUAUACGCAUUGUAUAUAUACAAACGCACGUACGUACCGGUAUAUAAUACAAAUACAAUCGAUACGAUAAUCGCGAACUAUAACGUUGAUCCCCUUCAAGUUCGGCUCGUAAUGUUGCCAAAAAUAAUAAAUAUAUCUAAUAAUAUUGAAUAUUGUUAUAAAUAAUGGGUAGAUAUAAAUAUUAUUGUCGCCAUCUGCGAUCAAGUUUUUAACGUAGAUACCACUGAAUGUACAUAUGCAUUUGAUUUAAAAUAUAAUGUAACUUUUAUUCUCCAGGUAAAAAAUAAAAACUUAAAAAAAAAAACAUAAUUUCCGUGGUAACCUAGAAAACAUUCAGAAAAUGAAUAAAGGUCAGAAACAGAAUGUAGAGGAGAGUAAUAUGGUGCGUGCAUGCAUGUAACGCAUACAUAUAUACAGUAAUACAUAUUGUUUUAUGUAAUCAAUUACAUCGUCUUUGUCAUAUCUCAAUGUUUACAGAUAAUCAUUUUAAAAAUCGGCAACAAACCACAUUGUAUUUUUACAAACACACACACACACACACACAACUUAAUAGUUAAAUCUUAAAACAUUGUGUAAAUAGAUUGUCAUCGUUCGAGUAUUUCUCUUACCAAACAACCAAAGCUGUCCAACAUUCAGUACAAAUCGAUUAUAUCAAUCAGUUUAAUCAGAUAGAUGAAAAAAAGAGUUAAUGGUUGAAUGAACGAACGUAUGAAUGAAAGAAUGACAAAUAAGUGAAUGAAUGAAUGAACAAGCAGGCAUUUGAUUGAUUGCAAUCAAACUAAUCUAUUUAUCAUCUUUAUUCCAAACGUGCUUCUGGCAAUGGUCUUCAGCCUG